AUCAUUUCUUAAUUCCGCAUCCAUGAAGAAGUAAUGUAAAGAUGAUAAAUGAUUAUUAAAUAUUAAUACAGAUUAGAAAUUCCAAAUUUGCCACAUAUCCUGCGAACAAACCAAAUAUGCUUGUACAAUCCUGUGUUGUUAAAACAAAGGAACAUUUGUCACUUGAUGCCACAAGAGUAUCCGUAUAGGCUGUUGAGAAAACGUGUUGCUUUUUGAUAUUUAAAGUGUUAUGUGUUUUGGUAUUUAGUAUUAGGUAGCUUUCUGAAUUUUUAAUUUUUUGGUGGACUCUUUAUGUAAAGGGUUAGUCUUAACCCUAAUCUUAUUUAGUCUAAUGAAAAGAGGAGCAGCAGUACGUUUUUCAGCUGCUACCUUUCUCUCCUCCUUCCUCUCAUUCUUCUCUACCUCUCAACGUAACAUGGUAUCAGAGCCUUGAGACCUAGGGCUGUGACGUCUAGGGUUUUCCGCAGCUUUUCUUUCUCUCCUUUUCUCUUCCUAUCAUUCUCCAUCAAGUUGGGCGUCUAAGGUUGCUGCUGUCGGUGGGACUGCUUGAUAAAGAAAAAGGGGCAGAUCACGUUCUUCAUGUAGAGACGUGAUCUGUACCCUAUGUUGCUGCUAAAAAAGAUGUGUUGCUGUUGAUGUUCAGAUCUUAAGGUUGAAGUCCCUCAUGUUGCUGAAGAAGAUGUGUUGCUGUUGAUGUUCAGAUCUGAAGGUCGAAGUCGACUAGUUGCUGUUUUGGUUCAGAUCUGAAGGUCGAAGUCGACUAGUUGUUAUUUUGGUUCAGAUCUGAAGGUCAACGUUGCUGUUUUUGUUGGUUCAGAUCUGCAGAAACAAAAAAAAAGGUUGCUGUUUUUGUUUGUUCGAAACAGUUCAGAUCUGAAUCCAGAAGUGUAUCAGAUCUAGGUGGUGUCGUUGCAACGUGUUGGUGUUGAUCAGAUCUGAUUCAGUGGAUGUUAUUAUCAAAAAUAUAUAUAUAUAUCAGAUCAGACGUUUUUUUUGUGUGUUUCAGGUUUGAUUUUCAGACAUUAAAUCAAAAUAUAUAUAAAGUCUGAUAUGCCUGGCGCGUGGAGGUUUGAUUUUCAGACAUUGAUUAUCAAAAAUACAUAACGUCCGAUCUGCCUGACGUGUGGUGCAGAGUUUUUUUUCAGUCACAGGUUGAUUUUCAGUCUAUAGUGGGCCUGAUUUCGUGGUUUUAUCAUGGCUGCAAACAGAUCUAUACAAUUUGAUAGAACUGAAUCUGGAAAUCAACACUUAGAGGCAAGUGUUGAGUACAAAGCUUUCUCAAAUCCUUUUUCGUUUGGAUCUACUAUCAAACUUGAUGGAGCCAACUAUGAUGUAUGGGCUAGAACCUUCAUGUUGUCUGUCGUUGGACAUGGGAAGAAAUAUAUAUUGGAAGAAGAUGAACCAGUUGAAAAAAGUGGUAAAUACGCACGGUGGGAGGAAGAAAACAACAUUAUUAGUGCUUGGCUUAUGAAUAGCACUCAACCCCACAUAGCAGCAGGACUUUGUUAUUAUAAUACAGCCAAAGAUAUGUGGAAUUCUCUUCGGCAAACGUAUUCUCAAGAUAAAAAUAUCAGCAAAAUUUUACAGGUUCAGCAAGAAUUGCUACAAAUGCAGCAAGGUGACAUGGAUUUGACAGAAUAUUUUACAAAGUUGAAGUUUGCUUAUGAAAAGAUGAAUUCCUUAAAACCACCCUGUAAGCAUUGUCUCAAAUCUCACAUGGAGCAAAUGAUUGUGGUUAAAUUUCUUGCUGGACUAUCUUCUGAUUAUUCUGCAUCCAAGGCUCAAAUGCUUACAGGGUCUGAUUUUCCCGAUCUUGAUGAGGCCUUCAAUAGACUAAACAGAUUGGCUAUUACUCUUCUUCCUUCCUCAAACAACUCGCAACCAUCUGCCCUUGCCUCAUUUGGGGGAGGAAGAGGUGGUCUAUAUUCUUCCCGUGGUAGAGGAAGAGGCCGAGGCCCUGGAGGACGUGGAAGACUUCAGUGCACAUAUUGUGGUCGUCUUGGUCACCUAGAGGAUAGGUGCUGGAAUAAAGUGGGUAAACCUAACUCAUCCACUUCUUCGUCUGUGACAUCUUCAUCCAGCUCUAUUCCAAAUACACAUCCUGUCAGUAUGGCUCCUAAGGCGAAUCCCACUGUUGCUUCCGUAGAUGCUACAUCUCUUAAUUUAAGUCCAGCUGAAAUUGACUUAAUUAUGGAGCAUAGGUCUAAUGCUACUCCUUCUACCUCAUCGGCAUCUACAGUUGUCACAAGUUCAGCGUACUCUGCAGGAUCUAUCAACUGGGAGGAAGAUUGGUGGAGGCCAUGAGAUAGAUGGAAUAUACAUCUUGGAUACAUCCCCUAAGGAGGCGUCAUUCCAUGUUGAUUCUACUUCAAGUGCCUUCCAGUGGCAUCUCAGAUUGGGUCAUCCUUCAUUCCCUAAACUUCGGCUGCUGUGUCCUCAAAUCUCUUCCACAACGUCUAUCGAGUGUGAAGCUUGUCAACUGGGCAAGCAUUGUCGUACUUCCUUUCCAUCGAGUCAAAGUCAGUCUAGUCAAUGUCUAUUUGAUUUAGUCCAUGUUGAUGUUUGGGGGCCUAGUCGGGUUUCAAGUCGGUUGUCGUCUCGUUAUUAUCUUUCUAUUGUUGAUGAUUUCUCUCGUGUCACUUGGGUGUUUUUGAUGAAAGACAGAACUGAAGCUUCUUGUAUCUUGAAAUCUUUCAUAUUGGAAAUAAAAACUCAAUUUAAUUCUUGUGUCAAGGUUGUUCGCACUGACAAUGCUCUCGAGUUCAAAUCCUCUCAUUUACUUGAAUUCUAUAAAUCUCUAGGUAUUGUUCCACAUUUUACAUGCCCUCACACAUCUCAACAGAAUGGUGUAGUUGAAAGAAAACAUCGUCAUCUGUUGGAUGUAGCCCGCACCAUCAUGAUUCAUUCUCAUAUGCCUUCCAAAUUUUGGGGAGAUGCAAUUUUGACUGCAUGUUACCUAAUAAAUAGAAUGCCAUCAUCUUCCAUAGACAACAAAAUUCCAAUACAAAUUCUAUACCCAAAUAGAGCUUUAUUUUCGUUACCCCCACGUAUAUUUGGGUGCACAUGUUUUGUCCAUAAACUUGGUCCCAAUCAAGAUAAACUGGCUGCUCAAGCAAGUAAAUGUGUGUUUGUGGGAUACUCAAAAAAUCAAAAGGGGUAUCGAUGCCUUGAUCCUAUAUGUAAUCGAGAGUUUGUCAGUGCCGAUGUAACCUUUCUCGAGUCAUCUCCAUACUUUCUUGCACGUACUUCAAAUCCUAAGUCUGAGAUGUCAUCUUCGGUUCCACUUCCAAUUCCUCCAAUUCCUCUUGAGUCCCUUCCUUGUUCAUCAUCACCCUCCAUCCCUCGGUUUAAAGAUCCUCCUCUUACAUAUUCAAGAAGAAAUCCAUCAUCUAAUGACCCAGCACCAUCUUGCUCUCAGGAGGUAAGUAGUUUGGAAUUACAUAACAUGCCUGAGUGUUCCCUUGAUGCUCCAGUUCCUGAUGAAUUACCUAUUGCUCUGCGUAAAGGGAUUAGACAAUGUACAAUUCAUCCUCUUUCUAAGUUUGUUAGUACAGCCAAUGUGGGAAAUCAUAUGUGCAAAUUCAUUGAUGCCUUGUCAGCUACAUCCAUUCCUAUUUCACAUGAACAAGCUAUGUUGGACUCUAAGUGGUACCAGGCUAUGAAGGAGGAGAUGGAUUCUCUCAUAUCUCGUCACACUUGGGAUCUCGUUUAACCUCCGUAUGGGGCAGAUAUUGUUGGCUCGAAAUGAGUUUUCACUAUCAAGUACAACUCAGAUGGUACAGUUGAGCGCUACAAAGCACGUUUGGUAGCAAAAGGGUACACACAGACAUAUGGUGUUGACUUCUUUGAAAGCUUCUCUCCUGUUGCACGUUUGGGCACUAUACGACUUAUUAUAUCUAUUGCAGUUCAUUAUGGUUGGAACAUGCACCAACUCGAUGUUAAAAAUGUCUUUCUUUAUGGGGAUUUAACUGAAGUAGUCUAUAUGCAGCAACCACCCGGCUUUGAGAAACAGGGGGAGUGUACCAAGGUAUGUCUGUUAAAGAAGGCUAUAUAUGGUUUGAAACAGAGUCCUAGAGCAUGGAUUCAGAAGUUGUGUGAAGUUGUGUCUAAGUUUGAGUUUCAGAGAUCUCCUCUAGACCAUUCACUGUUCAUAAAAAAGACCUCCAGAGGUAUAGUUGUUAUAGUUGUUAUGGUGGUAUAUGUGGAUGAUAUUAUUUUAACUGGUGACAAUUAACAAGAAAUACAGGACACAAAGGAAUAUUUGCGGCAACAUUUUGUUACUAAAGAUCUUGGCUCACUACGUUACUUCUUGGGGAUAGAAGCGGCAAGGAGCAAAGAAGGUCUAGUUCUUUCUCAAAGAAAAUAUGUUCUUGAUUUGCUUCACGAAACAGGUAUGACUGGAACUAAACCAGCUUCUAUACCUAUGAAUUCUCGUACUCAUUUAUAUGAUGACAAAUCUGAGCCUGUUGAUAGCAAAUCAUAUCGGUCUCUCAUUGGAAAGCUACUAUAUGUAACAAUUACUAGACCUGAUAUAUCAUUUGCUGUGGGAAAACUAAGCCAAUUUAUGGACAAGCCGAGGAAAGCCCAUUGGGAUGCAGCUCUGUUAUUAUUGAAAUUUCUCAAAGGCUCCCCUGGGAAGGGUCUAUUAUUUAAAAGAAGCACCUCACUUCAGAUAGAAGCUUACUCUGAUGCAGAUUAUGCAGGCUCAAUUGAUGACAGAAAGUCCACUACAGGAUUCUGUAUCUUUGUUGGUGGCAACUUAGUCUCUUGGAGAAGUAAAAAACAAGUUGUUGUUGCUCGAUCAAGUGCAGAGUCAGAAUAUCGAGCCAUGGCCCAAACAGCCACUGAGAUAACAUGGGUGAAAGGCAUGCUAGAAGGUCUUGGAAUUCAGGUUGAGCUGCCUAUAAAAAUGCAAUGUGAUAAUAAAGCGGCUACUUACAUAGCAAAUAAUCCGGUCUUCCACGAGCAGACCAAACAUAUUGAAGUUGAUUGUCAUUACAUUAGAGACUUAGUCCAAGCAGGGAUUAUCUCUACUGAGUAUGUUGCUUCCGAAGACCAACCUGCAGAUAUAUUUACCAAAGCUCUUCCAAUAUCC